UUUCCUUCUACAUUACGAUUCAUAGCCUCGAUCAUCCACCUUUGCCGGGUUUCGAGAGCAACGGAAUACAUCAGUGUCUACAAGAGGGCAGGCGGCUUUUGUGGGAGGCGUUGGCAUGAGGUACACCGGCAAUCGGGUUAAUGAGGUGCUGUCAUGGCUGAAAGAUGAAGCAAGGCAUCUAGAGACAUGGCAGCAACGGCGUCUUGGGGGGGAAUUCGGCGUACGGGCACACCUCGGGGGAUGCUCUAUAGCAGACUACAUGUAUCGGUAUACCGUGGUAAUUUCACUUCGGGUCAUGCUGGUGGCGGGAUCUUUCUAUUUCUAUUUUUCUUCUCGUUUCUUUAGGGAAGGUUGGGAGAUACUAGGCAUGUCGGGGCGGUCAAGUGGCACUCCCGUCUGGCAGGGAGGACGGUUCUUCGGAGAGAUGAUGUCCACGUGGUCCUGUCAAAAGCCUUGUCGAUCUGGCCCCGACGGAUCUUCAGGAACAAGCCGUUCUGUGGUUGGUGCGGUUACCUUGCCGCCACUUGCACCCCGGCAUGUCCCCGGAUCUCCCCGCAAGUUAACUGCCGUACCUAUCCGUACACACACACACUACACACCGCAAUACACAGUGCCUUCUACCUUCGUUGAGCCCAGUAUUUCUCCGUCGUCCCUGACACCUCUCGGUCGGGUCCAUGGAUGCUUCUCACGGAGUGGGAAUUACGUAAAGCCGGUGGUGAACCGCCGCACAGUAUCGGGCCAACCCGGAGGGCUUCGGUCGGGAGCUGGGGGCGGGGUUUGCCGAAAGAAGUUCUCGGCUAAUGUGCCCCUGGGCAGCCGCAACUGCCAAGAUCCGCCCUGUCUGAUGGGCCCCCACUGCAACCUCGGACCUGCGAAACCGGAUUGGACGGGGCAAAGGUAAAAAAAAAAAGAGCAGCGUCCUUCACUCCGACGGACAUCGUGGGCUUCGAUCACGCUGUCUUCUCACCCCAGAUCCACAUUCUCCCCGAGUCCCUGCCUCCGGUCUCGUCGCUCCAGUAAAGCCAGCCUCCUGCUGCUUGGUGCGCAUUGAGGGGAAGUCGUUGGCAUUGUGCAAAAAAAGCGGUCGA